AAAGUGCUAGGAUUACAGGCGUGAGCCACCACGCCCGGCAUCCUUCUUUCUUUUCUUUCUUUUUUGUGGCCACAGAAUCAGGAGUGUACAGUGAACUCUUAACACUCAUUGCAACAAGGUUAAAUCAAGGAAUAAAUGUUUGCCAAGAAACAAUUGUAAGGAGCACCUCUUACUACCAAAUAGUUCAAAACCAGACAAUAACAAAUAUGAUGGCCUUCAGGUGCAAUUUUGGGCUGUAUUUUUGCCAUGCCUUCUAUGGCUAUCAUAUACUUUAUAAAUUAUUUAUUUAUGUUUAAUUAGCACAGAGGUACAUAUUUAUGUACAUCUAUUACACAAUUGUGUGAUAAUUUGAUACAUUCAUGUAAACAAAUCAGGGUAAUUGAGAUACCUGUCACCACAAAUACUUAUCUUUUCUUUACACUAGGAACAUUUGAAUUAUUUUCUUCUAGCUAUUUUGAAAUGCACAAUCAAUUAAUGUUAAUCAAUUAAUGUUAACUAUAAUAGCUCACUCAACUGAGCUAUUAAACACAACGUGUUACUUCGUAUAUCUAAUUGUAUAUUUGUACCCAUUAAUCAACUUUUUGCACCCUCUACUAUUCCCAGCCUCUGUUGAUUUCCUUGAAUUUUUAGUCAGAAAGCUCACAUAUUGCUGCCUUGUUAGGGUGAGACACUGGUUCCUUGCUUAUUCCAAUUGGGAAGGUCAUGGUUUCCUGCUUGUUGUUUCUUCUUGUGCAUGUAUGUCUAUGUUUCUGCGCUGAAAGAUUAGUUAUUUAUUUCAGUCUUCUCUAUCUGGCUUUUUUGGUUUUAAUUGGGUAUGGCUAGAUUCUUCUUAAUUUACCUGUUACAUUUUUGGGCUAGGUCACUGCCUCCUUUUCAGCACUAGAUGGCGCCUUAAACCCGGUUUGCCUCAGCCCUAGCAAAAGAUUGGAAUCCUACCGGUCCAAAAUGGGGAAGUCCCAAAGGGAAAAUGCCAGCAAUGUGGAAAGGCUGGCUAGGGGCUCAUGCCCAGGUAAUGUGUGGAACAUUCCUCGUUAGCGUGGUGCUGCUGAACACCCACUCCAAUUUGGUGUCACGUUUGGCCAAAUCACGGAGCAGAGUUUCCAGGGCUCCACGAGGCUGUCGUAGGCUGUUUCUCUUGGCAGGCACUUGUGACGCUUCCCGUGGGUGGGGCAGGGACACGUUUCCCGCUAGGGAACUGAGAUGGUGAGGAAGCUGACUUUCCACCUCGGUCUCACCUUUUCCAGCACAGAACCAUGAGUUAGGGAGAAUUUCUCCUUGCUGGUGCUAGGCAAGAGUGUGAAGGCAGGGGUCACGGGAAUCUGACUCUCCCACCUACGGUCUGCACAUGAAGCCAUUAUCAUCUCAGGAACUGAAAUGGCCAAACAUAUCCAGAAAGAAAUACAGCGAGGAGUGGAGUCCUGGGUUUCCCUGGGGAACAGAAGACCUCACCUUAGCAUCAUUUUAGUAGGAGACAACCCAGCAAGCCACACAUAUGUGAGGAAUAAGAUAAGAGCUGCCUCUGCUGUAGGUAUCUGUAGUGAGCUUAUUCUAAAACCCAAGGAUGUUUCUCAGGAAGAACUUCUGGAUAUAACUGAUCAAUUGAACAUGGACCCAAGAGUCAGUGGUAUAUUAGUUCAGUUACCACUGCCAGGCCACGUGGAUGAACGAACAGUAUGUAAUGGAAUCGCCCCAGAGAAAGAUGUAGACGGAUAUCAUAUUAUCAACAUUGGAAGGCUGUGCCUUGAUCAGCAUUCUCUUGUACCAGCCACUGCCAGUGCUGUGUGGGAAAUAAUCAGAAGAACAGGAAUUGAAACAUUUGGGAAGAACGUGGUUGUGGCUGGAAGGUCCAAGAACGUAGGGAUGCCCAUCGCCAUGCUCCUACACUCCGACGGAGAGCACGAACGGCCCGGAGGUGAUGCAACUGUGACAAUAACUCACAGAUACACCCCCAAAGAACAGUUGAAGAUCCAUACUCAGCUGGCAGACAUUAUCAUUGUCGCGGCAGGCAUUCCAAAGUUGAUUACAUCUGACAUGGUUAAAGAAGGUGCUGCUGUAAUCGAUGUGGGUAUCAACUAUGUCCGCGAUCCAGUGACGGGAAAGGCAAGAUUAGCUGGAGAUGUGGAUUUUGAAGCUGUUAAGAAGAAAGCUAGCUUUAUCACUCCGGUUCCGGGCGGUGUGGGACCCAUGACGGUGGCAAUGCUUCUGAAGAACACCCUGCUAGCAGCUAAAAAAAUAAUUUAUUAGAUCAUAUGACAGAAUAAAGCAAACUGAAGCCAUGUAUUUAUUUAUUUGACAAGAACCAAAACCUUUAUAUUUUACUACAAAGCUAUUUAUUCCUGCAUUGUAUUUAUUUUUUCAUGAAUGGAAUUGUUGUGGAUCACAUGAUUCACAUAACUUUAUGCAUUUCCUGAUAACUUAUUUUGAGUUUCAGGAAAAUACAAAGCAAUUCCAAUGAAAAUUUUGGUAACAGUUGUUUAUUUUGAGGAUAUUUGUUCAUACUGUUAAAACAAUAAAGGGCUCAUAAUAAAUAUAUUUUUGACACAAUUAAAUAUCACACACAGUAUGUUUUCAACAAAUGUCUCGUCAACCAAAUGGGCAAUCAUGUAACUUGUAAUUUAAGUUUUGCCAUGGAAUGCUCAAAAUUUUAAUAUAUUAAGAUCUAUGUCAUAAGCUUAAAAAGAACUUAACUUGCUAAAAGAAAGACAGAAUAUUGAAAAGAAAAUCUUGAUCUUAGAUAUCUCCCAAAUGCAUCCUACUGAGAAAUGAUGUUCUAUUUAAGGAAAUAAAAACAUUCCAGGAAGGCAAAAAAUGCAAUGCUACUUGGAAAGUAAUGAUUCUAUCAUAUCAUAAAUGACUACCUGCCAUAGUAAAAGUAUAUGAAUAAUAUGUUAGGUUUACGUUUCAUUUCUUUUUUCUUCUAAAAAAUAUUUGGACAGUACCUUCACCAAGCAAUAAUGGAAAAAUCCAAUCAUAAAUAAAUACACAAAACUAAACUAAAGUUGUAAUUUUCCCACAAGUAUCAGACAAAUAUGUGAGGUCAUCAUUAAAGAAUAGCAACUGCUACUGCUAAGUUUGUUCACAAAUUCAGAAAUCUAAUAGGAAAACAUGAUACUUUCAAUGUGCCAGAACUAAAUCUUAUGAUACAACUAAAGACCUACUACUGCUUUCCUGCCCACAGUUCUUCCCUCUUCUGUUAUGGCAUUUGGUCCUCAAAGUAGAUGCAAUGUUUCUAACACAAUUCAAAUAAUGAAAUACAUGUGAAUUCCAUUAAAAUCUAUUUUGAGUCUACUGGAGCCAUGUAAUUGCUACUGUGUUUUCGUGCACAAAUCCCAGUAUAUUUAUGUACCAAUAAUUAUUAUUACCCAAGGCAUGUCUUUAUCAGUGUGUACUCUUGAUCAUUUGUGUGAAAAUAGACUAGAUGUUUA